UUUUUCUUCUUCAAUGGCGGACACUAUAGAAUUUGCAAAUGUUUUUCAAGAGGAGAUGGGAGGCUUGAACGACGGAUUUCUCAAGUUUUCUAAGCAAGGCGUCCAAUUUAAAAGUAAAGCAACGGGAAAAUUGAUGACUAUAAGCCCUCUAGAGAUUGAUCAAUUUGCUUGGCAAAAAUUGGGAAACAAGCCUGGAAUUAAGGUUAUAACGAAUCAAGGAGUUCAUCAUCGUUUUGGAGGGUUGAAAGAAAGUGAUUUCGAUAAAAUUUCAAAUUUUGUUUCUUCAAAGCUUGAAUCUUCUUUGAAGAGGAAUGACCUUUCAUUGAAAGGGUGGAAUUAUGGAGAGACUGAAUUUGAAGGACAGAAUUUAAUUUUCAAUAUUGGCGAGAAAAUAGCCUUUGAAGUUCCUCUGUCUAAUGUAAUGCGUUGUGUUGGAAGCAAGUCUGAGGCUAUUGUUGAAUUUAUUGCAAAUGAGGAAUCUCCUGUUCAACUUACAGAAAUGCGUUUUCACAUUCCACAAGAUCCAGAAAAUGAGGAUCAGGAUAUUGUUGAGGAAUUCCGUAAAGAAGUAAUGAGAUUUGCCGAGGUCGAAAGUGAGAAAGACCAAGCAAUUGUUACACUUCCAGAUAUUUUAUUGGCAACACCUCGUGGACGUUAUGAAAUUAAAGUCUUUCCAAAUCAUCUUUCUUUCCACGGAAAGUCUUAUGACUACAAAAUACCUCUAAAAACAAUUAUGAGAAUGUUUUUACUUUCACACAAGGAUGGAAGGCAUAUGUAUUUUGUUUUGCACAUAAAUCCGCCAAUUCGACAGGGACAGACUAGAUAUCCUUUUCUUGUAUUGGAAUUUUCAAAAGAGGAUCAUAUUGAACUUGAUUUGUGUUUGACAGAAGAACAACUUGCCCAGCAAUACCAGAACAAAUUGGAUAUGCAUAUGCGUGGUUAUCUUUACGAAAUAAUUGCCAAAUUAUUUCGAGUUUUGGUUAAUUCUCGAAUUAUUGUUCCUGGAAAUUUUACAGGGGCCUCGGGCACUCCGGCAAUUUCCUGUGCCGUUCGUCAAUCUAUGGGAUUUUUGUAUCCAUUAGAAAAAGGAUUUGUUUAUGUCCACAAACCAGCAUUAUAUAUUCGGUUUGAAGAGGUUGAUAAUGUUCAUUUUGCUCGUUCUGAUGUUUCUACACGUUCUUUUGAUUUUGAAAUUGUUCAAAGAAGUGGAACAUCUAUUACUUUUAGUAAUAUUGGAAAGUUUGUUUUUUCUUAUUCAGGUUUUGGAAGGGGUUCUCCAUUUUAUAAGGUUCUUUCCAUUUUUUAA